AGCGAUGAUUGCAGCAGGUGUCAGCCGAGAUUGCUGCCGAGUGCGCGCAUUAUUAGUCGUAGGAAUACUGGGGUCAGCGUGGGUACGGUGCAGAGCGAUAGGGAGAGGAUGCUCCGGAUGCAGACGCAAUCCAUGCAGGCGAGGCUGAGGGACGCAAGGAAGUUGGUCGACGAUGGUCGGUACGAGUAUGCCUGCGAUGUGUUGUUUGAGUGCCAGCGAGGGUUCAACUUUUUGGGCAAGGCCAAUUUCAGCACAAAACUGCUGCAUCCAAUGGACCCACCGCCAUGGUGUGACCCGUCGAUGAAGCUGACACUACCCAACGUGCAUUCCUUCCAGCUGCCCGAUCCCUCGUGGGAAUGGGUGUCCCCACGCUGGCUCAUAGACAUGACUUUGGACGUCGACGAGGACGGUUGGCAAUACGCAACGCGCUUCUCCAACGCCACCUGGCACGGCCGGCACUCUGCUGCCAAAUCCUUUGUGCGUCGCCGGCGAUGGCUGCGCCUACGCCGACGCUUGCAAAUCAACCCCCCAGCCCCACCGGCGUCGACGACGCCAACCUGUACAGCAGCAUGACCGAUGACGGCAGACCGGUAGCUGCCGAGGAAUCGUAUGACACUGGGUUGAUGCGUCUCAGCAGAAUCGGCAGCGGCGCCGGCGAAUGUCCAAGCCUGUGGCCGUUGCGAGCAAAAUCAAAAACACCGUGCAGGGUAAUUACGUUG